AUGCGAGAGGACGCCCCUUCCACCGGCGACUGGAGUGCGGAGGCCUGCUGCACGGUGGCACGGGAGCUCACGUCGUCGCUCGAUCUCGGUGAGCACCGCGAGGCGAUCGUCGAUACGAUCGUCUGGAUCCACUUUGGCGCCGCGGAGCUGGGCCACCGCGUGCGCGCCUGGACCGAGCGGCAGUACCACCCGUCCCCGCAGCAUCUUCUGGCCAUGCUCGCGUCGUUCCGCGACAUUGUGCGCGAGCAGCGCGAGCAGCUGGAGGACCAGCAGCGCUUCCGCCUCGUCGGCCUGGACAAGCUGCACGAGACCGUGGAGCAGGUGGCAAAGCUGCAGGUGUCGCUCUCGAGCAAGCAGGAGCGCCUGCACCGCGCGAACGAGGAAGCCAACGACCGGCUGCAGCGCAUGGUCGAGCAGCAGCAGGCCGCCGAGCAGAAGCGCGAGUCGUCGCUCGCCUUCCAGGCGGAGCUCCAGGCACAGGAGGCGGCCGUCGCACAGCAGCGCGAUGCCGUGCUGCAGGAGCUCGCCGAGGCCGAGCCGGCCGUGCUCGACGCCCAGGCCGCCGUGAGCAACAUCAAGAAGCAGCACCUCAGCGAGGUGCGCUCCAUGACGAACCCGCCCGCGCCCGUCAAGCUUGCGAUGGAGUCGGUGUGCAUGCUGCUGGGCCACCACAUCGACGGCUGGAAGAGCGUACAGAGCCUGAUCCGCCGCGACGACUUUAUUGCCAGUGUGGUGCACCUCGACACGGCUGCGGCGGUGCCGCGCGCGCUGCGCGAGCGCCUGCGGCGCGAGUACCUGCAGCGCCCCGAGUACAACUACGAGACGAUCCACCGCGCAAGCACGGCGUGCGGCCCCCUCGCGCGCUGGGUCCUUGCGCAGGUGCACUAUGCAGACAUUCUCGACCGCGUCGCGCCGCUGCGUGGCCAGGUCGACUCGCUCGAGGCGCACGCCGCCCAGACCAAGGCGCAGGCCGCCGAAGCGGAGGCCACGCUCGCCGCGCUGGAGGACAGCAUCGCCACGUACAAGCGCGAGUACGCGGCGCUGAUCAGCGAGACGCAGUCGCUGACGCAUGAGAUGGAGCUGGUACAGGCGCGCGUCGCCCGCAGCGUGCGGCUUUUGGACGGCCUGAGUGCCGAGCGCACGCGCUGGGAGCGUGGCCGCGAGGCGUUCGAGGCGCAGGUACGCACCGUCUCGGGCGACGCACUGCUGUGCGCCGCCAUGAUCGCGUACGCCGGCUUCUUCGACCAGGCCUGCCGCGAGACCCUGUGGCGCGCGUGGCGGGCGCGCCUCGACGAGCGCGGCGUGCCGGUGCGCACCCCGCUCUCGCUCGCCGACUCGCUCGCGACCGCGGACGAGCGCGCCGCGUGGCACGACAUGGGCCUGCCGCCCGACCUGCUCAGCACGGAAAACGCGAUUAUGCUGCAGCGCUGCACGCGCGUCCCGCUGCUCAUUGACCCGUCGGGCCGCUCGACCGCGUUUGUGCAGGCACUGUACGCGGACGCCCAGCCGGCCGUCUCGUCGUUCCUCGAUGGCAGCUUUGUGCAGCUGCUCGAGCGGGCGCUGCGCUUCGGCACGCCGCUGAUCCUCACGGACGCGGAGCACUGGGACCCGGUGAUCCUACCCGUCCUCCACGGCGAGCGCCGCCGCACGGGCGGGCGCACCCUGGUGCGUGUGGGCACCGUGGACGUCGACUGGGCCCCGACGUUCCGCCUCGUGCUGGCGACGCGGCACGCCGGCCUCGUGCUUCCGGCGUCGGUGUUUGCGCGCGUGCAAGUGAUCAACUUCACGAUGACCCCCAAGAGCUUGCAGGCGCAGGUCCUCGCGCAGGUGCUGCAGGCUGAGCGCCCCGACGUGGCGGCCCAGCGCCGCGACUUGCAGGCGCUGCAGAGCGAGUACGAGCGGCGCCUGUGGCGCCUCGAGCAGUCGCUCCUUGCCGCGCUGAACGAGGCGCAGGGCCGGCUCUUGGACGACGAGCGCGUCGUUGGCACGCUCGAGACGCUCAAGAGCGAGGCGGACGACGUCACGAGCAAGAUGCAGUCCGCCGCCUCGCUCAUGCAGUCCGUCGAGGCGGGUCUGCAGGCGUAUGCGCCGCUCGCCGAGGCGUUCAGCGCGCUGUACUUCUUGCUCGAGCGGCUCCGCGAGCUACACCCGUUCUAUGCGUUCCACAUGCCCUUUUAUCAGCGCGUGCUCACCGACGUGCUUGCCAUGCCGCGCGAUGCCGCGUCGGGCGAGGCGCGGCAGGCGCAGCUGUACCAUACAUUUUUCAUGGCCCUGUAUGAGCGCACGGCGCCGUCGCUGCUGCAUGCGGACCGCCUCGUAUGGGCCCUCGCGCUGACGCAGAUCUACUGCCGCACCGGACCUCGCGCGGGGGCGCUGGACGGCGCCGACGCCGCGGCGCUCCUCGCCGGCGCCGAGACGCCGACCGUCUUGCGCCUCGAGCACGCGCGGCGUACGGACCCCGCGGCCUGGGACGCCUGGUGCGCGCAGGCAGCGCCCGAGUCGGCACAGGCGCCGCUGCCACUACCGCCGCUUGCCCAGGCGACGGACGAUGCGCUGCGCCAGGCGCUGGCCGUGCGCCAAUGGCGCCCGGACCGCCUAGAGACGGCGCUGGCGCGGGUCGUGCAUGAGGUCAUGGACACGCCGCUGCUGGACCGCCCGCUCCAGGCCCUGCGCGACAUGGCGCGCCAGACGCCCAGUGCGACGCCGCUCGCCCUGUGCAGCGUGGCCGGGUACGACGCGUCCAUGCGCGUGGAGUCGUGUGCGGCCGCCGUCGGCGUCGCGUGCGCGCAAGUCGCGCUGGGCGCGCCCGAGGCGCUCGCGCAGGCCGACGCGGCUCUCGCGUCCGCGGCGCGCGGGGGCACGUGGGUGCUCAUCAAGAACGGGCACCUGGCGCCGGCGUGGCUCGCGACGCUGGCGACGCGUCUCGGCGCGCUCGCGCCGCAUGAGCCGUGUCGCGUAUGGAUCACGUGUGAGCUCAGUCCCUCGGUGCCGACCGCGUUUGUGCAUGCGGCGCAGGUCGUGAUGCACGAGCCGCCUGCCGGCUUCAAGGCCGCGCUGCUCGAUGCGCUCGACGUGCUCGAGGAGCGCCAGGCGCCGCCUGGCGUGCCGGAGCGUGAGCGCCUCUACUUUCUCGUGGCCGUGCUGCAUGCGGUGGUGUUGGAGCGUGUGCGCCACACGCCCAUCGGCUGGUCGCAUGCGUACGAGUUUUACGAUACGGACCUCGACGCGGCCUAUGGCCUCGUGGACGUGUGCGUCGCCGAGGCGGCCGGCGCGCGCGCGCACCUCAGUCCCGAGGAGGUCCCGUGGGCAUCGCUGCGCAUGCUCCUCGCGCAGGCCGUGUACGGAGGCAAGAUGGACAGUGCCGCGGACCGCGCGAUGCUCGACGCGCUCCUCGCGCAUCUAUUCACGCCCGCAGCGUUUGAGGACGACUUUGUCGUGGCGCCGCAUGCGACGCAGCCGUGCAUCGCGCCCGACGGCGUGCACCGCCGCGACCUGGUCGCAUGGGCGCAGCAGCUCCCCGAGCCGCAGCCGGUGCACUGGCUCCUCCUCGCGCCGGCGGCCCAGCAGGCCACGGCCGCGCACCGCGCGCAGUCCGUGCUGCAGCGCCUUCUGCAGCUCCAGCAGUCAGAGCGGCGGGAAGAGGCACUCUCCGUCGAGGCGCUGCACGUGCCGGCCGCUGCCGAGCCACACGCGCCGCCCGCUGUGUGGAUCGACGAGCUGCUCGCGCUCGUGCCGGCGGACGGCCCGCCGACGCGGGAGCUGCACGACGCCUCGCCGCUCGACCGUUUCUGGGCGCGUGAGCAGGCGACGGCGCACGCGGUGCUUGCACGCGUACGCGCGGACCUGACGCAGGUGGGUGAUCUGCUAGCGCAGCGUGCGCCGCGCACGAACGAGCUCGUGGCACUGCACGAUGUGCUAGCGCACGAUCGCGUGCCGCCUGCCUGGCAGCAGCACGCUGUGCCACGCGGCGCGACGCUGCGCGCCUGGCUGACCGACUUGCGCGACUGCGCCGAGCAUGCGUGCCAGGCCAGCGAGCCGAUUGUGCUGGGCCGCCUCUGGGCCGCGCCCGCCUUUCUCACCGCGACGCGGCAGUGCAUCGCGCGGCGCACGGGCGCGAGCCUCGAGCAGCUGCAUCUCCACCUGACGCUGGGCGCCGCGCCUGCGCCGCCUGGGGCGUGGCGCCUGGGCGCGCUGUGGCUCGAUGGCGCGGCGCUCGAGCCCGCGCUGACGUGGAACGACGGCGCGCCGACCUUGGUGCCCGAGAGCAGCUGGACGUGGACGACCGAGGCGCCCGCCGACGAUGCUCAGCACAUGCGCGUGCCUGUAUUUCUGGACCGCGAGCGGCAGGUGCCGCUCCUACACGCGUCGGUGCCGCUGGCCCCGGGCGUAUCGGCGGCGCUCGCGACGCUGCGCGCGGUGGCCAUCCGCGUUACGUAG